AUGCCUCCCUCCGCCUCAGAAGCCAUCACCGGCGCCGCAGCCGCAGCCACGAGCGACGCUGAAAACCCCGCCUUCCUCAACACUCUCCCAGGCCCCAACCACGACUGGCGCCUAACCCUCAAAGACAAAGUCAUCGCCAUCACCGGCGCAAACCGGGGCAUCGGCCUCGCCAUCGCCGAAGUGUGUCUCGCAAAUGAAGCCUCCGCAGUAUACAGUCUCGACCUGUUUGAGCCGGGCGAGGAAUUCGCCGCGAUCCAAAAAGCCAACCCGAAGCGCCUGCACUAUAUCAACUGCAACGUCACCUCGGAGGAGAGCAUCACAUCUGCAAUUGAUGCUGUCGUGAGCGCGCAGGGCGCAAUCCACGGCUUCGUCGCGAACGCUGGAAUGACCAAGCACCAGCCGGCAUUGGAUUUCAGCCGCGCACAGAUCGAUCAAUUGUUCAACCUCAACGUCUUCGGCGCAUACUUCUGCGCAACAACCGUCGCGAAGAAAUUCAUCGAGCUUGGAAUCAAGGGCUCCAUUGUAUUCACCGCGUCCAUGACAUCCUACCGCCCCAACCGCGCUGCGCCCUCGGCGCCUUAUGGAGCUACCAAGGCUGCUGUGCGCAACAUGACGCAUACAUUGGCAAUGGAGUGGGCGAAGCAUGGGAUCCGUGUUAACUCGAUUUCCCCUGGGUUCAUCAAGACGGCCAUGACGUAUUUUGUUGACCAGGCGCCUGAUUGGGAUCUCAAGAUGCAGUACUACGGCGGCAUGCCGAGAUUGGCUGAGCCCAAGGAGCUGGGCGGUGCGUAUGUGUAUUUGCUUUCCGAUGGGGCGUCGUAUACGACGGGAAUUGACAUUCCCAUUGCUGGCAUUGUUGGAGCGUGGUAG